AGAAAUAAACAAUGUCUCACCAUCACCAAAAAUAUUAUGAAAGACCUGGUAAUUAUAAUUUCCUUAUAUUUUAAGAUGGAUUUGUAUAUUCAACAGAAGAAUUGGAUGCUUAUAGAAUUCCUACUGCUUUUAGAGAUAGAUGUGUUAAUUUAUAUGUUCCCUUCUUCAAGUGCUAAUAAAUCAAAACAGAUAAUUUAUUUAAAACAUCUCUUGCAGCUAUUGACCAAACUUUAGAUCAUUGGUAUUAUUACUUUACUAUUAUUCUAGGGGUGGAGAAUGUUAUAAAGAAAAAAGAGACUAUCUUAAUUGUGCUAAAACAGCGUAUUAUCUAAUUCUCAUUAUAUUUCAGUUAUUAAUAUUCAUUAGCCGUACCUGUUUAAAAUGUUUAUACUGCAAAUCCAUGGUAUGCCACAUAAGAAGCUGUUUCAACUGAAUUAGAAAAAAAUCAUUUUAAUUCACCAGUCCUAUAUUGACAAAAUAAUCAAAAUUUAGUACAAAAUAAAACAUUAUUAUUAUUAUUU